AUGCAUACCACCAAUCUACGCAAGGUCGGCGGCUCCGUCAUGCUCGCGGUGCCCCCGGCGCUGCUUGAUGUCCUGGAACUUCGGGCCGGCGCCAGGGUGGACAUCGGGAUCGAGGAAGGCCGCUUGAUCGUCGCGCCGAGAACGCGGCCUAGCUACACCCUCGACGAACUCCUCGCGCAGUGCGACGAGACCGCACCGGCCGACGACGGGGAUCGCGCUUGGCUUGAGGCCAGGCCGGUCGGCAACGAG